GGGGAAGCCAGACCCUGAUUUCUGGAAGAGGGGAAAAGGCAUCUCAAGUGGGUCACACUGACACCACUUGCAUUUUCCGUCACAAGAAACAGGGCUGAUGGCAGUCAAGUCCCAGCAGCCGCAGGGUCUCCACCAGGGCACCAGCCGCUGGGAAGGAAGGGACCACCGGGCCGCUGGCUCCAGCCCAGGGCAGGGGUCUGUCUGCGCCAGCCAUUCCCAUUUCUGAGGCUGAAGAAGAAAAGCAUCGCUCAUUUUAAAAAGCCUCCCAAGGCACCAAAAUAUUAGAACCCGACUCCCAGCCAAUACGCAGGUCGGCUCUAGAAAGGACUUGGGGGAAACCUGAGAUUCCAAACGCCGAAGUCCUUAAAGGCAUUUGCAGACGCAUUUGGGGGGGGCGUACCCCUGCCCGGUCCCCUCGCUGCUCUUCCCCCACACUCCCCACCUGCACCUGUGAGAGAGAGUGCAGGGAAACUCGGGAAUUCUGUUCUACAAGGCAGCCACCCACCGGGUAACCGCUGAAUCCUUCUUUCCAGGAGGAUGGAAAACUCAUAACAAGGAUCCAUAAAUCAGUUGCAAAAACUAUAGCAGUCUAUAUCCUUUUAAACAAAUACUGCUUUGAAAAUGCAAAACGGUCCACAGGCAGACGCGGUUGGCAAUGGGGUUUUGAAUAUGGGUUCAGAAUGUUUACAGAUGAAUGUGGGGGACAGUGUAUUUAAAGGCAGCCAGUGGCGCAGUGGGCACCAGGUGACUCUCUGACAGACCGAUGUGCCGCCCAUGUCAUUCCAGAUGGUUCUGGGGGCUGUUCAGAGCGUCCCUGGAUCAUGGGCGGAAGCCUUCUUUUACAGGCACUCAGUCCACACACUGCCGUCCAAUUAGGAGGUUGCCUUCGGUGACUCUCUCCUUGGAGAGCUAGGCCAGCAGGAGGACUUCAAAAUGCAUGCGGGGACACUGCCCUUCUCACUUGUCCCUUCCUGUAAGGAAGACUGGGGUGCAGUUUCUAGGGCUGGCCACUGUCUCUCUCUCUCUCUCUCUCUACCAGCCGAAGCCAUUUUAUAUAUAGUAACAUGGGUUGGGGAAGAUGCUUGACAAAGUUUUCUAUUUCUGUAACACUGUGUCAGAAGGGAAGCUUAACACGUCUUCCAGGGGUUGGCAAGUAUUUGUUUGGAUUUAGAUGUUAGUUUUGUUGAAGCCCCUUACAUUUCACUCCUGGGAAGAGAAACAUUCUUGAUCCUCCUACUCAGGUGGUCGUGAGCCAGGAUCAUGGAAGUACAUUCAAUGAGCUGAAUUCACUAACCAAAUAAAACAGUGCCUAUAACUCUGACCAACACCCCCGUGGGAGCCUCUCCACACUGCAAGCCUGCAGUGACCUGAGAUACCCCUCGGGAAGCCCUGCUCUGGCCCCGAGGCACAGAGGAAGCUACGCCCGGUGGCAGCAGCCCUGCGUGACCACGCCUAGGUCCCUGGCACAUCUGCGGAGCAGAAAAGUCCCUCAUCCAGGGCGCCCCACCCGCUCUCCUACCCAGCGGCCUGCGUUCACCUCCUUUCCCACACUUGUCCCCUACGGUACAAUGUAGCUCGUAACCUCGUGACUCCCGAGGGAAGAAUCAGCUGAAGCCACAACUCUCGGAUGACUCACCAUGGAGUCUCCAGCCCCUUCCACCGCCCGCAGCGCCACCAGACAGGCGGGAAGUUGACAGAAAUCCAAGGCAGAACUGUAAAUGAAGAUUCCGCCUCCUGCAGCGCACAGUUCCUGCUCUAAGGCUGAGGUGCCCCCGGCCACUCUGGCUCCACGUCCAUGAGCCCGUCUGCAGCCCUGCCCAGCGGGAAGCCCAUGGAGAGCCACCCCAGCUUCACGGACACCCCCGGGAGCGCCCCGCGGACUCUGGGCGCGGUGGGGGCCCCCCUGACCGCCCUGGGCUCUCCAUACCGCGUCAUCACCUCGGCCAUGGGCCCGCCCUCCGGGGCGCUGGCGGCCCCUCCCGGGAUCAACCUGGUGGCCCCGCCCAGCUCUCAGCUCAAUGCGGUGAACAGUGCCGGCCUUUCCGAGGACAUCAAGCCCUUACCGGGGCUCCCCGGGGUCGGGAACGUGAACUACCCGUCCAGCAGCCCCGGGUCUCUGGUGAAGCACAUCUGUGCCAUCUGUGGGGACAGAUCCUCAGGCAAGCACUACGGCGUGUACAGCUGCGAGGGCUGCAAGGGCUUCUUCAAGCGGACCAUCCGCAAGGACCUGCUCUACACCUGCCGGGACAGCAAGGGCUGCCUCAUCGACAAGCGCCAGCGCAACCGCUGCCAGUACUGCCGCUACCAGAAGUGCCUGGUCAUGGGCAUGAAGCGCGAAGCGGUGCAGGAGGAGAGGCAGCGGGGCCGGGAGCGGGCGGAGAGCGAGGCGGAGGGGGCCGGCGGGGGCCACGAGGACAUGCCGGUGGAGCGCAUUCUGGACGCCGAGCUCGCUGUGGAGCCGAAGACGGAGGCGUACGGCGAGGGGAGCACGGAGAACUCGACCAGCGACCCGGUCACCAACAUCUGCCACGCCGCCGACAAGCAGCUGUUCACCCUGGUCGAGUGGGCCAAGCGCAUCCCGCACUUCUCGGACCUCACCUUGGAAGACCAGGUCAUCCUGCUCCGGGCAGGGUGGAACGAGCUCCUGAUCGCCUCCUUCUCCCACCGCUCCGUGUCCGUGCAGGACGGGAUCCUCCUGGCCACGGGUCUGCACGUGCACCGCAGCAGCGCCCACAGCGCCGGCGUGGGCUCCAUCUUCGACAGGGUCCUGACCGAGCUGGUCUCCAAGAUGAAAGACAUGCAGAUGGACAAGUCGGAGCUGGGCUGCCUGCGGGCCAUCGUGCUGUUCAACCCAGAUGCCAAGGGUCUGUCCAACCCCUCGGAGGUGGAGGCGCUCCGGGAGAAAGUGUACGCCACCCUGGAGGCCUACACCAAGCAGAAGUACCCGGAGCAGCCAGGCAGGUUCGCCAAGCUGCUGCUGCGCCUGCCCGCCCUGCGCUCCAUCGGCCUCAAGUGCCUGGAGCAUCUGUUCUUCUUCAAGCUCAUCGGGGACACGCCCAUUGACACCUUCCUCAUGGAGAUGCUGGAGGCCCCGCUUCAGGUCACCUGAGCCUCGGGGCAGGUGUGUGUGGCCCCGCCCUGCCCACGGUCCUCCUCGUCCCACGGCCCCUCCCUGUCCACACAGUGUGACGCUUAUAAUAAAGACUCCUUUCUACGCCC